AUGUCUCAACGAGCUGCGCUGCUAAUUGGCAAGUUGGCACACGCCCAAAAAGAGUGGCAGGCAUGCGCCCAGAUCGCAUCCAAGCUACACGAGUACCCCGAUGGCAACCGCGAAGACUUCAUUGCCAAGUGCAAGAGCGGCGAAUUUGAUGGAAUCUACGCCCUCUACCGGAGUAACGACUCCAAUCCCAUUACCGGAGACUUCAAUGCCGAGCUGCUCGAUGCGCUGCCCAAGAGCCUCAAGUACGUCUGCCACAACGGCGCGGGAUACAACAACAUCGAUAUCGGCGCAUGCACAAAGAGAGGCAUUUCGGUGUCGAGCACGCCGAUAGCAGUCAACGAUGCAACGGCCGACGUGGCCAUUUGGCUCAUGCUUGGCGCGCUCCGCAACAUCAAGCAGCCAUACAUGGCAGUCAACAGCGGAAAGUGGCGCGGAAACUUUUCGCUCGGACACGACCCCAAGAACAAGACGCUCGGUAUCCUGGGCAUGGGCGGCAUUGGCUCGGCCGUGGCGCACCGCGCAAAGGCCUUUGGCAUGAAGAUACAAUACCACAACCGUCGCCAGCUGCCUGGCAGCGAGGAGAACGGCGCAAAGUAUGUGAGCUUUGAGGAGCUGCUCAAGACAUCCGAUGUGCUCAGCUUGAACCUGGCGCUCAACCCCUCGACCACGCACAUUAUUGGCAAGGAGCAAUUCCAGCUGAUGAAGGAUGGCGUGGUCAUUGUGAACACGGCGCGCGGCGCGUUGAUUGACGAGGCGGCGCUUGUAGAUGCGCUCAAGAGCGGCAAGGUGUGGACGGUUGGACUGGAUGUAUUCGAGGAGGAGCCCAAGAUCCACCCCGGCCUGCUCGAGUGCGAGAACGCCGUGUUGCUGCCGCAUGUUGGCACGGGAACAUACGAGACACAGCGCGAGAUGGAGAUACUAGUGCUCGACAACCUCAAGUCGGCCAUCACAAGCGACAGGCUGCUGACCCAAGUACCCGAGCAGAAGACGGAGAAGGCAAACAUGUAGCCGGGCGCUAGAGGCGAUGAAACAAAAGCUGAGACUAUUUGCAAGGGUUGCUGCUUGCGUCAUCGUACAGUCCGGCCACCUUACUUCAUACCCUUUUUCGCCAUGGACUGGGAAUCUUGCAGUAGCGAGAUCUAGGGGGGAGCGCGAGGGCCCCGGGACCCAAAGCAUGAUGACCGGGCAUGGUAGAAAGGGACCCCGUGAUGAGCCCAUCUAAAGUACAUAUACCCUAGGAUGAAU